AUGAUUGGUGAACCUGUCGACGGUUUGGAAGCCGGCUGUUCGUCGAGACAUCCAUUGGAGGAACGAUCUCCGAACGGACACCUCCCAUUAACAGGUGCCGAGGGUCGCCCCGAAUGCAUUUGCGCUCGAUGCGACCAACCAAUCAGGGAGCAAUUCCUCAAUAAAGUACUCGACAGUUCCUUCCACAGCGACUGUUUAAAAUGUUCGUGCUGUGAAGAGAAGCUCGUGACAAAAUGCUAUAUGAAAAACAAUUCACUGUUUUGUCGAAAUCACUUUUUUAAAAAAUUCGGGACCAAAUGCGGUAUGUGCAAAGAAGGGAUAUCCCCCGAUUGCAUCGUCCGAAAAGCAAACGAACAUGUAUAUCAUAUGGAGUGUUUUCAAUGUACGAUAUGCAAGCGUGAUAUGGAGACCGGCGAUGAAUUCUACCUGAUCCCAAUCGAAGGGAAAAUUGUUUGCAAAGCCGACUAUGAAGUGGCAAAGAAUAAAACCCCGGAUUUGGAGAUGGAGAAUACGAAUAAAAGGCCGAGGACGACGAUAUCGGCAAAGAGCUUGGAGACGUUGAAGCAGGCAUAUCAUACCAGUUCGAAACCUGCACGUCAUGUUCGAGAACAACUUGCGGCUGAAACUGGGUUGGACAUGAGGGUUGUUCAGGUUUGGUUCCAAAAUCGACGUGCUAAAGAAAAACGCCUGAAAAAAGAUGCUGGAAGGUCUUGGACAGGAGGAAACCAAAAAACUGACUCCGAUAGUAACUCACCGACAGAAAGUAUCAAUGGACAAAGCCCUGGAUACGGCUACAUCGAAACGCCCAACGACCACGAUAACCGAGUAGAUAGUGUCUACGCGGAUUAUCAGCUGCUGAGCCAAGGCCCACCUGGCAGUACAAUUCAAGCCACUUCCCCCAUGUCUUCAGAUAUGGAAAAUUUCCAUCCGAUUCGAAGCCUCAACGUCGCAGAUCUAGGAUUGCCGCCAUCCGGAGCAUUGCUUGGGUUAGAUCAGAUUCAAGCAGGCCCAACCCCUCUUUCUGCUGAGCACCUCCUGUUUCCAAUGACAUCAUCAUUGGACCCGGGCGCUAUGGCUGGACUGGCACAUCAUUUUAUGCAACUUACGGAAGCUGUGAAGGACAGGAAUGAAGCAAAAGAGCAGCUCACAAAAGCUACAAAGGAGAAUGCCAGGCUGAAGGCAAAAACGGAGGAACAAGAGAAAUACAUUGACGAACAAGCUGAAAAACUACGCCAAGCGAAAGGAGCGGGUAUCGUGAAGGAAGAACCUGGAAUAGUCGCGGUCCGGCCGGUUAUUAUUAAAGAAGAGCCGGUUGAAGACCCCAGGAUAGCGAAAUAUCAAGCUGAGAUUGCUACACUAAAGCAGGAUCGAUCCCACCUAAAUAAAAUCGUCUCCGACCAAGCGAUACAAAUCCAUAAAUUGGAAAAACUGGUGCCCGUCAUCCAAAUUGAUGAU